ACUAAAUACAUUAAAUGAAUACAAUGAAUACAAUUCUGCUUAAAUCUUAACACCGUGGAUGAACAGGAUGUUUAAUAUACCAGCGUUGAGAACGAUAUGAAGAUUUUAAGCAGUAAAAAUCUACAUGAAUAUUUGUAAUCUACAAGCCGACCAUUCCGCUGAAGAUCAGCUUAAAAGUGCAUCUGAGAAUAAAAGAAAGACUUUUGAGAAUGACUAUUGUAAAAUAGAACUUAAUUGUAGGUAUAUGAACAUAUUUGUUUUCUAAGAUUGAAUGGAUCAUACAGAUCAGUAAUUGUGAAACUGAACUGAUGUACAGAGACAUUUCCAAAGAUAGAAUGAGCACCACAGAAAAGGACUAUACAGAUCUUGCUAUUCGUGAAACGGACCAUGUGUAUAUAGAUAUUUCCCUAGAUAGAAUGAGCUCCCAAGAAAGGGACUAUACAGAUCUUGGUAAUCGUGAAACAGAACAUAUGUAUGGAGAUAUUUCCAAAGAUGAAAAGAACGCACCAGAUAAUAACUAUACAGAUCUUACUGAUCGUGGAACGGAACAUAUGUAUGGAGAUAUUUCCAAAGAUGGAAUUGUCGUUCCUGAAAAUGACUACACAAAUCUUGGUAAUCGCAAAGCGGAACAUAUAUAUGGAGCCCUGAAAAAACAUGUUGUAAAUGAUGAAGCGAAACCAAGGAGUGGUGCUUUCCUGACUGCAAAGAUACGCUUGAUCGCGUUUGUCUCCAUCUUUGUUAUGUGUUCGGUAACAUCGGUUGUUGUUAUUGUUUUGCUAACACAAAACUCGGGAGAAGAAUCCACCAUAUCAACACAAAGCACAAGUGAGUGCAUCACCGGCACAAGUAAAGAUAUAGAGACAACCACAAAUUUAAACACAAAGACUUUGAGCGCCACACAAUUUCUAGCGCCGAACACGACAAAUGAAGUUUCAGUUACGACAGGACAGUUACCAGCGAAAACAACUGAAUUAACAACACCUCCUUCACUAACCGCGAUUACUGAAGUUUCAUUUACGACAGGACAGUUACCAGCGAAAACAACUGAAAUAACAACACCUCCUACACUAACCGAGAUUACUGAAGUUUCAGUUACGACAGGACAGUUACCAGCGAAAACAACUGAAUUAACAACACCUCCUACACUAACCGAGAUUACUGAAGUUUCAGUUACGACAGGACAGUUACCAGCGAAAACAACUGAAUUAACAACACCUCCUUCACUAACCGCGAUUACUGAGGUUUCAGUUACGACAGGACAGUUACCAGCGAAAACAACUGAAUUAACAACACCUCCUACACUAACCGAGAUUACUGAAGUUUCAGUUACGACAGGACAGUUACCAGCGAAAACAACUGAAUUAACAACACCUCCUACACUAACCGCGAUUACUGAAGUUUCAGUUACGACAGGACAGUUACCAGCGAAAACAACUGAAUUAACAACACCUCCUACACUAACCGAGAUUACUGAAGUUUCAGUUACGACAGGACAGUUACCAGCGAAAACAACUGAAUUAACAACACCUCCUUCACUAACCGCGAUUACUGAAGUUUCAGUUACGGCAGGACAGUUACCAGCGAAAACAACUGAAUUAACAACAUCUCCUACACUAACCGAGAUUACUGAAGUUUCAGUUACGACAGGACAGUUACCAGCGAAAACAACUGAAUUAACAACACCUCCUACACUAACCGAGAUUACUGAAGUUUCAGUUACGGCAGGACAGUUACCAGCGAAAACAACUGAAUUAACAACACCUCCUACACUAACCGAGAUUACUGAAGUUUCAGUUACGACAGGACAGUUACCAGCGAAAACAACUGAAUUAACAACACCUCCUUCACUAACCGCGAUUACUGAAGGUUCGAUUUCGAGCUGGGUGGAUUGGACAUCUCGAGCUAUACCGGUAAAGCAAAGUUCAAAGUAAGCCUUGGCGAAGGAUAUCUACUCGCUCCAGAGCAAUCCAUCUCUCUUAAAGUAACAAGCUAUGGUGGAAAAGAGUCUGCAAUAGCAAACACAACACUGGGUGUUUUAGAAUACGACAUAGUCCUGUCGACGGUGAUAAUAUUCUCUGUGUUGAGUACAAGUGUAGCGGAAUGUACGAUCCGGGUUUUGGAAAUAAUUUUGAUGAUACGGAGGUUAAAGUAAUUCUUAAAUAUAACAAUAUAUAAUGGCGAGGUCAAAAGCGUCGACGCGCUUGAAAGCUUACAGCGAGCCUCAAAUCUGAGAUGCCUGUCUUCAGACCAAACGACAGGGAAUAACGAUGUUGUUGAUGGGGGAUAUAUUGCUCAAUUUACUUGCUUCUGAUGUUGCUUGACUUAUUUUGACGACAUUUAUUUCUGCUAUUCUUGCUGAUGUUAUAUUUUGAAUUAAAACACGAGUUCGUUAAACAUGCUAUUUACAAUGAAGUGCAUAUCUGUCAGUGUGCAACUGCUCAGCUACGGUGAAGUGAACCUGCAAUACCUAACAUAACUUUUGUGUGUUUUGAAUACGACUUUAACCCAAUGAUAACAUUCUCUGUGUUGAGUACAAAUGCUGCGGAGUGUAUAAUCUGGGGUUAGGAAAUAACUUUGACUCUACCUUGGUCACAAUUACACUAAGAGAGUGCUUGGAAAUUGUUCAGUUUUUAAGUUUUUUACACAUCGGAAAAACUAGAUGUAGUUAAGUAUCAGACAACUCAAUAUUUGCCCUCGUGCGAACCUCUAUCUGUCCAAUCAUAAAAAAUGCCCCAUUUGUCAAGUUUGACCUGUAUACAUGUGGCUAUAUAUCAACAAUUAAUAAACAGCUUCCAAUAUAAACAUGACUUUGCUAUCUUAAAUCUUAAUUUAUCUUAAUUUCAGUACUUGUCAAUAACUUGAUUCCGCAUACUGUGAAAUCAUUAAUGUUCGCUGGACAUUAAUGUUCGUGGUUUUCGUGAGUUGGAUGAUCCACGAAUUCAAGAACCAACGAAAUAUAGAACCUUUAUUUACCUUUUCAAUUGCCACGUUAUGUACAUACUCUAUUAUAUUAUGUAGGUCGUAGUAUACAGCGGUAUACAGUGUAAAUACCCAACUAACUGUAUAUCUUACUAUUAUUGUUUUGUUAAUAUAUUGCAUCAAAUAAAUA